AUGGGGCAGUCACUUUGCAGUGGAACGAAGCUUAGUGCGAAGCUUUCAAACCCAAAAUGUUUGUCUUCCAGGUUCUAUCUGUCGGCAGAGUUGAAUGGGCUGCGGCACUAUUUCGAGCCAGCAGCUUACACACAGCUGUUCCAGCCAACGGCAACAUCGACUCCUACUACAUCAUCAGCUUGUUACGCGUUUGCCAAUGGCAGCCUUGGGUUCCCAGAUAAGAUCUUCUCACUACCGUCAGGAAGUUCUUUGCAAUUCAUGAGGUUAGAGUCUGACGGGCACUUGAGGCUUUAUGAGAUGCAGGAACAAAACUCACCGCGGAUGUUGUUAGAUGUAUUAUGCACAGUGGUUGCCUUCUGUGAUUACCCGCUGGCCUGCGGUGAUUAUGGCGUUUGCAACAGUGGGCAAUGUUCGUGUCCUAGUUUCAGCACUUUCAGGUUCCAAAAUGAACGGCUUCCAGGAUAUUCAGAAUAUGAUUGCAAGCAGUCUUGUCUAAUGAACUGCUCUUGCCAGGUAGUGAUUUUUCAGAAUGAUUCGGGUACAGAUGUUGGUCACUGCCUGUUGUUAUCAGAGCAGAUGCUAAUUUUGUUUGCAGAUGAUUCAUCAAAUCAGUUUUCAGCAUUUGUAAAGAUACAAGAUAGCCCCCAAGAGAAAAGGAUGGUGAUUAUUGUUGCCAGCUGCACAGCCGCAGGUUUUUCUCUAAUGACAAUACUUGUUUGUGCUGUCAUAUGGAAAAGGCGCAAGAAAGAUGAGGGACUUCUCUUUGAUGUCAUACUUGGGACACCAAAGUGUUUCUCCUUCGAUGAGUUGAAGGUAGCUACCAGCAAGUUUUCCAUGAAGUUGGGACAUGGUGGUUUUGGGUCGGUCUUUAAAGGCAGGAUAGGCAAGGAAACCAUUGCUGUCAAGCGCUUGGAGGGUGUCGAGCAAGGAACAGAAGAGUUCUUGGCAGACGUCAAGACGAUUGGUAGAAUGCAUCACCGUAACCUUGUUAGCCCAAUUUUCACUCUUUCUUGGAGAACUAGACGUAACAUCAUCAUUGCUGUUGCUAGGGGGUUGGCUUUCCUCCAUGAAGAAUGCAAGGAAAAGAUUGCACAUUUAGACAUCAAGCCACAAAACAUUCUCCUGGAUGAUGAAUUCAAUGCAAAGCUCUCAGAUUUCGGACUUUCGAAGAUGAUAAACAGGGACCAGAGCAAAGUUGAUAGCAGCGCAAGGCCCUUGAUGUCCACAGUCGCCAAGGUGUUGGAAGGUGUGAAGAGCUUAGAUGCCACACCUGACUGCACUUUUGUUCCAAAUUUUGCAUCAAGCAACAUCGGGGUAGCCGAAUCAAGGUCUUCCUAUGUGCCCUCUGAGUCACAUUUAUCAGGGCCUAGGUGA